AAUAGGGCAUUUUUAUGUUUAAUUUUGUGAAAGUUUUUUUUUUAAUACCCAUGAAAAACAUUUGUGGUUAAAGAAGAAAUAAAUAUUAAAAAUGGAUCGGAAUCAUCAUUACAAAGAAAAGAAGCUUCAUGCAUCCCAAGUUCCAAGAGCAGAUUAUCAUUAUCUCAUGGCUGAAAUGAAAGCUCAAAAUUUUGAUAUAAUUAAAUUUGCCACUUAUCGCACUGCUUCAAAAUUGAGAUUUAUCCAGAAGAAAACCAACAUGCACCUUGUGGAUAUAUGGAAUAUUAUUGAAGCAUUUCGAGAAAAUGGUUUAAAUGCUUUAGAUUCUCGUCUAGAACUAACUAUUCCAAGACUUGAAACUCUUGUGCAUUCUAUUUUAUAUCAGCUGAAUAAACGGUUACCUUUAUCUCAACAGAUUGAUGUUGAACAUAGUAGUGCUGUUCUUGUGAACUGGCUUCUUGCUACUUAUGAUCCAGAUGAAACUGGAAAAGUGAGAGUUUUCUCAAUUAAAGUUGCGCUUGCUAUUAUAUGUGCUGGAAAAAUUACUGACAAAUUGAGAUAUAUAUUUUCUUUAAUAUCAGAUGUAAAUGGUCAUAUGGUGUUCAGCAAAUUUGUUGAUUUCUUGAGAGAAUCAAUGGGGCUACCAUGUUCAGUUUAUGAAUCUCCUUCAUUCUUCUUUACUGAGAGUUUGCCUCGCACUAUUUUUGAUGGACAAUCCACAGUUACUGUUAAUGACUUCUUGGAUGUUUUGCUGUCAGAUCCAGGCCCUCAAUGCCUUAUGUGGUUUCCAUUGAUUCAUAGAAUGGCUAGUGUUGAAAAUGUUCUUCAUACAGUGCAGUGUGAAGGUUGCAACAAGGAAUCAUUUGUAGGUUUUCGUUAUAAAUGCCAGCGAUGUUAUAAUUAUCAAUUAUGUCAAGAUUGUUUUUGGCGAUGCCGUGUUUCUGGAAAUCAUACAAAUCAACAUGAAAUGAAAGAAUAUACCAGUUGGAAAACUCCAGGUAAACAGUUGGGUCAUUCUUUAAAGAAGUCUAUUCUUUGUGUUCCUGACAAGCCUUCUGAAACUCAUUAUCAAGAUGAUCAACCUCGUAGUACUAAGCCUUAUCAAGCACUAUCAUCUUCACCUUCCAAUGCAUACAAUGGCACUACUGAUGCUAUUGAUAGUCAUCAAAUGAAAAGCUCUCUUAAAAACUCCCAUAGAAGAUCCAGCAGCGAUUUCUAUCCUAGAGAAGAUGAUCAUGGCUCAAUUUUAAACUAUACAAAUCAUAUGUAUGCGAACAGACGAGGUAGGUACUCAUCUGAACUUAAUUUGCCAUCAGAUACUGCUAGACAGAGAGAAUUAAUAGCAAAACUGGAAGCAAAAAAUCGGGAAAUAAUGCGUGAAAUAAUACGCUUGCGCAAACAACAAGAGGAAGAAGAUGAGGCGUUACGAUCAGAUAGGAAUCCUACUCUUUUGUCUGAAUUACGAGCAUUAAGAAUGAGAAAGAUGGAUCUUGAACGUCAUUUAUCCACUUUGCAAGAGAGCCGACGAGAUCUUGUUACGCAGUUAGAUAUGUUAAUGAGAAUGCUAAAAGAUCAUUCUCCUCUAUCCUCUCCCAAUAGUUCACCAUUAUCUUACUUUUCAAGAUCACCUAUACCCCUUUAUCCACUGUCUUCAAUGAGUGCUCCUGCUACACCAGGAAGUGGUUACCCAUAUACCGACCCUUUGUUUGGACUUGGUGGCGAUGUGCGCCAGGCAUUUGGCCAUGCGACUAGCACAAGAAGUUUGCAGUCUGACCUUUUGGUUGCUGCUGAUUCUGUUACAAAUGCCAUGUCAUCCUUAGUGCAGCAAUUAAAUAUAGGUGAACCCUCUUUUUAUCCCGGUGAUGACGAUGACAUCCAUUAUACUAGAGCAAAUUCAAACUAUAUCACUGAUGUGGAUUCUGACUUGGAUGCUGGAUACAAUGAUGAUUCAUGGCCUGUUUAUAUGGAUAGUGGUAACUUUCAAAGUGCCUAUUCUGAUCCUUAUCUUUUGGAAAGCUCAGCUAGAGAAAAUGGUGUUCUUAUUAAACCAGAUGUUUAUGCUGAUGAUAUUGCAUUGUCUUCUAAUGAGUGUUUUGAUCACCCAGAAGAUACUUUGGAAUGGGAAGAUAACAUGAGGCGUUGGGUAAAUCGAUAACUGUUUUAUUUCAGAAGCUGUGGUAUAAACAGUUGUGUAACUAUACUUACCAUAACGUCCUCUAUAACAAAAUUUUUGUUGCUUAUCUGAAUGUUUUAUGUAUUGCUUGUUUUAAUUUAUGAGGAAUAUAAUAUAUUGUUGCAUCAAUAUUGUUGCUAUAUGAAGUGGUUAUAUCAUAUUUCAUUGUGCCAAAUGUUAAUGAUAAAUUAUGAGAUGUUCUGAAAUAAGAAAAUGAUUUAUCAAAUACUUAAUAAUUUUGAAAUAUAUUUUUUCUGGUUUGUCAUUAUUUAAGUUGAUUUUAAAAUAUUUUACAGCUUUCCUCUUAUUCUACUUUGAUUGUAUUUUGACAUUGUAAAUAAGUAUUUUGCUUUUUUAAUGCUAUUUAAUACAUAAAAGUUUUUAUUUAAAAGAAUUAUAUAUUUCUUUUCUUUUUUAUUCUGUGUGUAGAAAUUUCACCUUCUUUCAAGCAUGUUUUCUUAUUGAGAAAUAUAUAAAGUUAUGUAUAUUAAAGUAUAUUUGAAAUCUUGAACCAGAACCCUUCCUCAUAUAUUUCCCAUCCAAUUUUAUACUACCUUAAAGUAUCAAAGUAUGGAUAUGUGAAAGAUUAAUACUUUUAAAUUAUACAAAUUUUUAUUGAAGUUACUUUCAAUAAUAUUUUGAAAUAAACUCAAUCAUAUUCAAGUUACCAUUCAACUGCAUUCAGAGUUCAAA